UUGUUGUGUUUUCUUCUUCUUCUUCUUCUUUGGUCUGAAGCUGCUUUUCUCUCCAAAAUUGCGAUGAUCGGCACCACCAUGUUCAAGAGGAAUUGGAAUUGUGCUACGUUAUAUUCCAGACUCGUCAAUUCCUCCUCUUCUUCGUCUCUUCACAACUUCACUCAUAUUCGUUCCACCUUCUCUUCUUCUCCUUCUGUUUCCGCCUCUAAAUCCAACGAUCUCAUCUCUCUCGCUCGCCACUAUGGAAACUGCUAUUCCCAACUCUCCAAAGCUCGUCUCAGUUUGCUCGUGGUUGCAACAUCUGGGACUGGAUUUGUGUUGGGGAGUGGGGGUGCUGUCGAUCUCUCCAUGCUUUCAUAUACUUGCCUGGGUACCAUGAUGGUUGCUGCAUCUGCCAGCACUUUAAAUCAGGUGUUUGAGAUCAAGAAUGAUGCCAUAAUGAGGAGAACGAGUCAAAGGCCAUUGCCCUCGGGUCGCAUAACAGUACCUCAUGCAGUUGGCUGGGCAUCCUCUGUUGGUUUGGCUGGCACAGCCCUACUAGCAACGCAGACUAAUAUGUUAGCUGCUGGGCUUGCUGCUUCCAACCUGGUUCUGUAUUCAUUUGUAUAUACGCCAUUGAAGCAGAUUCAUCCCGUAAAUACAUGGGUGGGGGCUGUAGUCGGUGCCAUUCCACCACUUUUGGGAUGGGCUGCAGCUUCUGGUGAUAUUUCACUAAAUAGUUUGAUUCUUCCGGCUGCUUUGUAUUUUUGGCAGAUACCACAUUUUAUGGCCCUUGCUUAUAUGUGUCGUGAGGACUAUGCUGCAGGAGGGUUUAAGAUGUACUCUCUUGCUGAUCCAUCUGGGCGGAAAACAGCAAUGGUGGCUAUGAGGAACUCUAUAUAUCUAAUCCCUUUGGGUUUCUUGGCAUAUGAUUGGGGUGUGACUUCGGGAUGGUUUUGUCUUGAAUCUACUGCACUUACACUUGCAAUAAGCGCCGCAGCGUUUUCGUUUUAUAGAGACCGCACUAAGGAAAGAGCUCGGAGAAUGUUUCACGCCAGUCUUCUUUAUCUCCCCGUUUUUAUGGCUGGGCUUCUAAUUCACCGCCGCACGGAUAACCAACACUUCUUAGAAGUCAAUGCAGAGGGUUUUAUGAAAUCCCCAUCCUCUGUGGAAACUUCAGAGAUGGAUGACAAGAAUGGUAACCAAAAGAUCAAAGGCAGGCAAGGGACCCGAGCACGUCCACCUGUAGCAUAUGCUUCCAUUGCACCUUUCCCAUUUUUGCCUGCUCCUUCAUACGACAUUGUUUAAUAUUUAUCAUUGGUUCAGAUCUUGCAUGACUACAUUUUUCUUAUCAUGUUUUGUUUGGUUAAUUUGAUAUAUUCAUUGUAAUUGUUUUCUCAAAUGGCCUUUAAAGCCAAUAAGGAUUUUGCUUUGAGAAGGGAAGAAGUAUAUAAUGUGAAAUAAAGCAUAGUUACUCUGUAUUUUGCACAAA